AAGGCUGAAACAGAAAAGCAAAGUCCCCCCCAUGGAGAAGCAAAGCCUGGUUCAAGUACUCUUCCACCGGUGAAAUCAAAGACAAGCUUCAUUGAAGCAGACAAGUACUUCCUGCCUUUUGAAUUGGCGUGCCAGUCGAAAUGCCCCCGGAUUGUCAGUACAUCUCUGGAUUGUUUGCAGAAACUUAUAGCAUAUGGGCACUUGACAGGGAAUGCUCCAGACAGUACAGCUCCAGGCAAAAAAUUAAUUGAUAGGAUUAUCGAGACAAUAUGUGGCUGUUUUCAAGGUCCUCAAACAGAUGAAGGGGUUCAACUACAAAUAAUAAAGGCUUUGCUCACUGCAGUAACAUCUCAACACAUAGAAAUCCACGAAGGAACAGUGCUACAGGCUGUAAGAACAUGUUACAAUAUCUAUCUAGCAAGCAAAAAUCUCAUAAAUCAAACCACAGCCAAGGCCACUCUAACACAAAUGCUGAAUGUCAUUUUUGCACGUAUGGAAAAUCAAGCACUUCAGGAAGCCAAACAGAUGGAAAAGGAAAGACACCGACAGCAGCACCAUCUACAGCAGUCUCCAGUAAGCCAUCAUGAGACUGAGUCACCUCAGUUGAGACAUAUUCCAGCACAGGCUGAUCAGCUGUCCAAAGAGCAUGAGAGAGAGCUUGACCACAGCACAAAUGAUGUGGACAAGAACCUUCAAGAAGAUCUAGAGGCAGAAAAUGGAUCUGAUAUUUCUAGUGCUGAAAACGAACAGACGGAAGCCGACCAAGCCACAGCAGCAGAAAGUCUUUCUAAAGCUGAUGGAGGAACAUAUGAUGGUGAAAGCAAUGAGUCUGAAGAGAAGGCACAAGAAAUUGUAGAAAGUAUUGUGCAGGAAAUGGUGAACAUAGUAGUUGGAGAUGUGGAAGGGACUGCUGAAAGUGCAGGUGGUGAUGGCACAAUUGUAACGUCAGAGGAUGGCAGCGACAGUGAAAACAUUCAGGCAAAUGGAAUUCCAGGGACUCCAAUUUCUGUUGCUUAUACACCAUCUUUACCUGAUGACAGAUUAUCUGUCUCUUCCAACGAUACUCAGGAAUCUGGAAAUUCUUCAGGACCUACCCCUGGUGCUAAGUUUUCCCACAUUUUACAAAAGGAUGCCUUCCUUGUAUUCAGGUCACUGUGUAAACUCUCCAUGAAGCCCCUGUCAGAUGGACCGCCAGAUCCAAAAUCUCAUGAACUGCGGUCAAAGAUUCUUUCACUGCAGUUGCUUCUGUCCAUUCUGCAAAAUGCAGGACCUGUCUUCAGGACAAAUGAGAUGUUUAUUAAUGCUAUUAAGCAGUACCUUUGUGUUGCACUGUCAAAAAAUGGAGUCUCAUCCGUUCCAGAAGUUUUUGAACUUUCACUUUCCAUAUUUCUUACCCUCCUCUCAAACUUUAAGACUCAUCUGAAGAUGCAGAUUGAGGUUUUCUUCAAAGAAAUUUUCCUGUAUAUCUUGGAAACGUCUACUAGCUCAUUUGAUCAUAAAUGGAUGGUUAUUCAAACACUGACAAGGAUAUGUGCAGAUGCCCAGAGCGUAGUGGACAUCUACGUGAACUAUGAUUGUGAUUUAAAUGCAGCAAAUAUAUUUGAAAGGCUUGUUAAUGACCUAUCAAAGAUUGCUCAAGGAAGAGGUAGCCAAGAGCUUGGCAUGUCCAAUGUUCAGGAGUUAAGUUUGAGAAAAAAAGGGUUGGAAUGUUUAGUAUCGAUCCUGAAGUGCAUGGUGGAGUGGAGUAAGGAUCAAUAUGUAAAUCCCAAUUCUCAGACAACACUUGGCCAGGAAAAGCCGACAGAGCAGGAGAGCAAUGAAACCAAACACCCUGAGACAAUUAACAGAUAUGGAAGCUUGAAUUCCUUGGAUUCUACUGCUUCGUCAGGAAUUGGCAGUUACAGCACGCAGAUGUCUGGCACUGACAAUCCAGAGCAGUUUGAGGUCCUAAAGCAACAAAAGGAAAUAAUAGAACAAGGAAUUGACUUAUUCAAUAAGAAACCAAAGAGGGGGAUUCAGUACCUGCAAGAACAAGGAAUGCUCGGCACUACCCCUGAAGACAUUGCUCAGUUCUUGCAUCAAGAGGAAAGAUUAGAUUCAACUCAGGUUGGGGAGUUCCUGGGAGACAAUGAUAAAUUUAACAAAGAAGUCAUGUAUGCAUAUGUAGACCAACACGACUUUUCAGGAAAAGAUUUUGUUUCAGCUCUGCGCAUGUUUCUAGAGGGAUUUCGUCUUCCAGGAGAGGCUCAAAAAAUUGAUCGCCUCAUGGAGAAAUUUGCUGCUAGAUAUUUAGAAUGUAACCAAGGGCAAACUCUUUUUGCUAGUGCAGACACAGCGUAUGUCUUAGCUUACUCAAUUAUCAUGUUGACAACAGAUCUUCACAGUCCACAGGUUAAGAAUAAAAUGACGAAAGAACAGUAUAUUAAGAUGAAUAGAGGUAUCAAUGACAGUAAAGAUCUCCCUGAAGAGUAUUUGUCUGCUAUCUAUAAUGAAAUAGCUGGAAAGAAGAUUUCAAUGAAAGAAACAAAAGAAUUAACAAUACCCACAAAAUCCAGUAAACAAAGUGUUGCUAGUGAAAAGCAGAGAAGACUCCUGUAUAAUCUGGAAAUGGAACAAAUGGCUAAAACAGCUAAAGCUCUCAUGGAGGCAGUGAGCCAUGUUCAGGCACCUUUUACCAGUGCGACACACCUGGAGCAUGUGAGACCCAUGUUUAAGUUGGCGUGGACACCUUUUCUGGCUGCAUUCAGUGUGGGUCUGCAGGACUGUGACGACACAGAAGUUGCCUCUCUCUGUUUGGAGGGCAUACGAUGUGCCAUCAGGAUUGCUUGCAUUUUCAACAUUCAGCUUGAAAGAGAUGCCUAUGUCCAAGCGUUAGCAAGAUUUACCUUACUUACAGUGAGUUCUGGUAUUACUGAAAUGAAGCAGAAGAAUAUUGACACAAUUAAAACUCUCAUCACGGUGGCUCAUACAGAUGGAAACUAUUUAGGAAAUUCCUGGCAUGAGAUUCUGAAAUGUAUCAGUCAGCUUGAACUGGCACAGUUAAUAGGAACUGGAGUAAAACCUCGCUACAUCUCAGGGACAGUGCGUGGCAGGGAAGGUUCUUUUACUGGAACAAAAGAUCAAGCACCUGAUGAAUUUGUGGGGCUGGGACUGG